AAGUCCUGAAGUUGCGUAUCUGAAUCACUAGCUGAACUUUCGUUUUCCUCUGAGAACACAAGGAGCAUGGCGACGUUUUUCGGCGAGGUGCUGUCGGUGUAUUCUCGGGCUGUGGAGGAAGACGACGAGGAGCUUGAGGAAAACGAGGAAGACGAACAAAUCCGCCGAGAGCUGGAGGAAAAGAGGGAGGUUCAUCUGCACUGGAUCCCUGAAGUCUCUGAUUCACUCAAGUCUGGAAACAAGCUGCCGUGUUCUGAGUUCGUCCUCGCUGUGGGACACAACGCUGCCAGGUUUCUGUCAGUGUACGUUCUCACCUCUGCAAACUGGGACAAAGUGGGACAUGCAUCAGUGUGGAACGAGAGGAGCCGAGCUGUAGCUGGACAGACCAGCAAGGAGUCAGCAUGUGUUUUCUACAGACACAAGAAAAACCCGACAGUUUUGAUGUGCCAAGUGACUUCCCACAUCGCAGAAGACCAGCUUUUUCAGUGGACAGAAAAGGUUUUUGAUUGUCUUCAUCACAGAGAGCUGAACGUGACAGUGUUGUCAGAUAGCUCUGUGGCCGAUUACAAGACAGCAGAUUAUUUGUGCACCAGCGCCACUCCCUUCCUGCGCUCUCUCCACACCGGGACCUUCAGUGGUCAUCCGGUCUGCCAAUCACUGGAGCAGCCCAACAUAAUAACUGGGCUUUCAGCUGCAGUACUGAACCACUGCCAGGUCCACCGCAUCGCCACCGUCGUUUACCAGUGUUACAGUGACAUCCUCGGCCCUGACUCUGUCACCAUGGAGACCUACAAGCCUGCACUAACCAAGCUUGGGAAGUACAUACAGUUGGCCUUGUCUCCGAACACAGACGUCCUGCGCAAGUUUAUCCAAACCACCGAAAUUCAGAGUAAUCUCUAUAUCUGAAAAUGUUGCACACUGAAAUGUGCCAUUAAAGUAUGUUUUCCUUUGAUAAAAUACUGUAAUUUUUUGAAAUAAAGAAAAAAAUAUACUUGUUUAUUUCCCAUUAGUUUCUAAAGAGAGUGGAAUUAUGAUUGGCAUGCACCAUUCUGCUGUUCAUGUUUAUGAUUUAUAGAACAGUGCUAGCAACAGGUCAAAAGUUUGAGCUUUGGCUUGAGACCAAAUACCUGCAAGAUUUAGGACAUUCUCAGGCUUUUAGUCUAAUUUCGGUAAUUUUAUAAAAAUGACAUGGGACAUUAGAGACUCCUCUUACUGACAACAGAUCCAUGUAAAAACCAAAACCACCAAUAAAAUGAUCCUGCUAACAUCUGUGUCAUCAAA